GGGAGGCGAACGAUCACGUUCCUCGAUGUGGAACGCGAUAGUUGACUGUCGGCUCCCUCUCGCAGCUUCAGAACCUGACCUCACGUGCUUAUCUUACGUUCAACAACUGCCUCGCACAGAAAACGGGCAGGGUCUGUGAUUUCGGAGGAGAGACCGGUGGAGGCGGGAGUCGGAGGAAGCGUGCAAGGGUGGGGGGAUACAGUCACCCUCGCUGAUUCUUUUCCUGUGCAUCAGCCCUCUCUCUUUCCUUCUUUUGCUUAGCCAUCCUAGUCCUCCUCUUCUGCUUCAUGGUUUCCUGUCUUGAUCGUUCUCGUAAUUGGCUUAGACAUGCAUGCAUGCAUGCAUCAUCGAGAAUGAUCUGAUGUUGUGCUUUUCCGGGGAAUAUCCGAUGAAGCCUUGAGACUCACGAUUUACGAGGAGGAAAUGAUGAUUCGAAAAUAGAUGUUUAUUUCUCUUUUUGGUUUGCAGAGUCGUAGGAAAGCAGAUGAUAUGGGUCUUCUGAAACUUUUUGUUACAGCAUCUGUGCCGGUUCUGAAUGUGCUUCUGGUGACUGGUGUUGGGUCAUUUCUUGCAACAGGUCAAGUUGGCAUUUUAUGUCAUGAAGCAAGGAAACAUCUGAACAAUGUUGUGUUUUACGUGUUUAAUCCAGCUCUUGUAUCUACCAACUUAUCUAGGACAAUUACAAUGGAAAGCUUGGUCUUAUUGUGGUUUAUGCCAAUCAACAUACUUCUGACUUUCAUCAUUGGUUUGGCAUUCGGAUGGGUUGUAAUCCAAAUAACAAAUGCUCCAUCCCAUUUAAAGGGACUAGUUCUGGGAUGCUGUGCUGCUGGCAAUUUAGGAAAUAUGCUUCUCAUCAUUGUCCCUGCCAUUUGUAAAGAACGAGGUAGCCCAUUUGGAGCUUCAGAUGUUUGUACUACUUAUGGGUUAGCAUAUGCUUCUCUUUCAAUGGCUAUAGGUGCUAUCUUUCUGUGGUCUUUUGUAUACAAUAUAGUGAGGAUAUCUUCAGGUGCUACAGAGGGCAAAGCUACUUCAUAUAGCGACACACAGGAGCAGCAGAUUAUACAAGAAACUGAGAAGUUGGUCCCUCAAAGCUGUUUAGAUAGGACGCUUCCAAUAGAACACACAUACUUACCUGGAGAUGAAUGUGUUUUGACUUUGUCUGCCUCCGAGAUACCUCAGAAUGAAUUGAAGGUGUCAUUCUCGGAUAAAGCAAGGCAGCUGCUGUCAAAUAUUUUGAAAAUUAUUGACUUAAAAAAGCUUUUUGCGCCAUCAACUAUUGGUGUGAUCAUUGGAUUUAUAAUUGGAGUAGUUCCUCAGAUUAGGAAAGCAGUCAUUGGUGAGACUGCUCCUCUUCGAGUGAUUCAAGACUCGGCUGAUUUGUUGGGCGAAGGCGCGAUUCCAACUUUGACCUUAAUAAUGGGAGGAAAUCUCAUUAAAGGUUUACGAGGUUCAGGCAUUCGAUUUUCGCUCAUUCUUGGAGUCGUAAUAGUUCGUUAUAUCGUGUUGCCGCUAGUAGGCAUAUUAGUAGUCAAAGGGGCAAUUAACUUGGGUCUGCUGCAUCAAGACCCUUUAUAUCACUUCAUUCUUCUCCUGCAAUAUGCACUUCCACCAGCAAUGAACAUAGGCACUAUAACUCAAUUGUUUGGGGCUGGUGAAAGUGAAUGCUCGGUUAUUUUUCUCUGGACAUAUUCCCUGGCUUCAGUUUCACUCACCUUGUGGUCAACUUAUUUCAUGUGGCUUGUGUCCACCGACUGAUCCUAAGAUUUAUCAGCAAACAAGCAAGCAAGAAGUAUGCUUCCAAAUGUGCCCUGCAUCUUGUUGCUAAAGUUUCUUUGAUCUGAAAUGGAAUUCAAUUUACUUCAUCAUGUUUUGUUGUUGCUGCUAUUGCUAAUGGAGAAACUGGUUGUAGUUUAUUUCAUCUAGCUUUUAUGCUUUCCAUCUAUAAUUGACCUUAGUGUUGUUAUAUGUAAUUUAUGUUACAUUUCUGAAUGACGACAUAAUUUUUUUGUUUA